AUGGAGAUCUGCAUCGAUUCUUUAGAGUCCGCUAGAAACGCGAUAGAAGGUGGUGCUAGCCGAUUGGAGGUUUGCUCGGCUCUCUCGGAGGGUGGUUUAACACCUAGUCUAGGUUUAGUUCAACAAAUUAAAAGUUUCACGACGAUUCCGCUGUAUGUUAUGAUCCGCAUUCGCUGUGGUAAUUUCAUCUACAGUUCCGAAGAGAUCGACGCCAUGCUGUAUGAUUUGAAAAUUCUUAAGGAUCAUCACGUAAACGGAUUUGUCUUUGGCGCUUUGACUUCCGAUUGCGACAUUGAUAUUGUUGCGUGCAAGAAGAUUAUUUCCGCUGCUUGUCCCUUACCGGUAACAUUCAGUCGCGCUUUUGAUUUGACGAAUGAUCCUAUCAGAUCGAUGGAACUCCUUGCUGAUCUUGGUUUUGAGAGAAUUCUAACUUCAGGACAAAAAAAUACUGCUCUGGAAGGUUUAGAGCUGAUAAAAACGUUAGUACAAAAAGCCCAGAAACUAGUGAUUAUGCCCGGAGCUGGCAUCACAAAAGAUAACAUUCGUAAAAUCAUGGAAUCCGGUGCCAAAGAAUUUCACGCGUCAGCGAAAAAAAGGAAAAUGGUAAUCUAUGGAGCGAACAGAGUCAAGAUGGGCAUCAAUAACGAUGAUUUUGUUAACGUGACUGAUAAGGAACUGGUGAAACAAUUAGUCGAGAUCAUUAAAAAUGAAAAAUACACUACGUGA